AUGAGUGAGGCCGAGUGCCCGUGGGCCUGGAGCAUCCCCAAGGACAAGGCCGCCCCCAUCAUCUUCCAAUGGCUGGAGAACGCCAUGGAGCCCCGCGAGGGGGCCACGGUACCCAAGCGUGAGGUGCACGCCCACUACGUCGCCUUCUGCAAGGACAACCGCAUUCAGCCUACCACGUCUUCGGCCUUUGGCAAGCUCCUCCUCUCGGUGUUCCCGCAUGUCUCCUCGCGCCGCAUAGGUAAGCGCGGGGAUGCCGAGAAUCACUACACCAACAUCACCUGGCGCUCCACAACCACCACGGCCACGACGUCGCGCGGUGGUGCCGCGGCAGCCCAUCGGAAGCGCCCCCGGGAGGGACUAGUCCUCGUCGAGGCAACCAACCCAUCACGCACUCAGCCGACCUCGUGGGUGGCGAGCCAAGCGAUGAGAUUCACGGAGACCUACCGCAACGAGUACUGGGUGGCCACCCCGCUCAACCCGGCCGCUCUCGACAGCAGCAACGUACUGCACCUGAUGUGCACUUCCGAGGGCGACAAAGAGCGCUCGCCCCUGUCCUUCAACGUGCUCUUCGCCUCCUCCAUGGGAGCGCUCCUGCAGGGCCAGAUGGACGUGGCCCGCGAUUUCUACGAGAAGGCGCGGGACCAUCUUGGGGACAUCUUCGACGUGGCCGACUACAGCGUGGCCCAGGCACUCGAGCGUAUACCCGCCCUCACGCGCUUCUUCUGCGAAUCCCCCGAAGAGGCACACAGGUUGUCGACGUACUACAUCACGCUGUCGAUGCAGAUGUGCCGCUCGCUGGGGGCCGUCAAUUCGUUCACCUACCUCCAGUGCCUGUUGACCUCCACGUGGUACUCGGCCGUCGAUGGCCAGGAGUUCGAGGCCCUCGGCCAGCACCCCUACUACUCCGGCCUCGACAGGUCGCCGCAGUACCUGGCCGAGAAGUUCCACCUGCCCUUCGUGGCCCAGAAGAAGCUCGUCGUGUGCUUCCACUGCGUGGGCGUGCUCAUGAAGUCCAUCUACCAGUACCGAGCGGGGUGCACCCCGGACCGAUAUCAGUUCGACCUCAGCGACCACCGGCUUCUCCACGUCGUCGCCGCCGCCGCCGCCGCCGCCGAGGAGGAGUCCUCCUCGUCAGCGUGCGCAUCGCGUGAGUCCCGCAGCAGCACCCGCACCAACCCGCUCUCCAUCCACAACCUCCUCACGGCCGACCAGGAACCCAGACAGGACCACUCCGACUUCGAAGCCGAAAGAGAAGCAGAAAGGGCACGGCCGCCCGUCCGCGCCGCCGCCUUGGGCAGGCUCCAGUCGCCCCGCAACUUGCGCAUGCCCAGCUAUCCGUUCGCAUCGGCGGUCCUACAGAGCGCCGCCGACCUCGAGGUCCUCCUCCCCGUGCUCGACAACGCCAGCGCCGCUCUCGGCGAGCUCCGCCAGCAGGGCUUCGCCUCUGCUAACCUGCACGCCCUCGGCAUCUUCCACUUUGAGAGCCUACGCGCCGAGGUGUUUUGGUGCCAGGGUCGGCGGGAGGAGGCGCUGGAGGUGGCGUGGACGUGCGUGGGGCUGCUCGAGGAGAGGCCCAUUUUCGACCACUUCACGUCGCAGCCGGUGGUCGAGAUGGUGCUCAACGUGCUGGUCCAGAUGCACGCCUGGGACGGCGUGGCGCGAGUGCUGGCCCGCGUCUCGCCCUUCUUCUCGCGAUCGGCCCCGUGGCGGGGCGUGCGCGACAAGUACACCGCCCGCAUGCGCCACCUGCGCGCCUUCCUCGCAGCCACCUCUCCGCGACCACCCGCCGCGGUGCCACCAGCAUCAGCCGCAGCACACGAGGCCGGCAACAACGACGACCACGACGACGACCAACCAGCUAGUGCUGCUGGAGGGCCAGCGGCCAUGCGGCUGGAGAACAUCCUGUGCGGCCCGUCGUCUGGGAGCUGA